UUUACGCAUCGUGGCAGAUGAUGAUUUUGAAUCAUUGAAAGCUAUUUGAAAAUCAUACAUUUAGAUUAGAUUUACAGAAACUGAAUAUUUAUAACUUUAUGUUAUAAGUUAAAAUUCAUAAUAUGGUACUGAAAUAAGUACUCACCUAAGCUAUUAUUAUAUGAUUCCGAUUCAAUAAAUUGUAGAUAAGAUGUUAUCUUAGUAGUGUUCAGUAAUACGUUGUGUGUAUUUACAGAAGUUUAACAUGUAUGUAUGACAGGAGCACCUUAGUACUUAACUUGCGGGUUUUUAUCACAAAAUGCCAGCUAUAACCUAGAAAGAGGAAUUAAAAUGGAUUUGGUUAACAUGGAGGAGGGUCAUUAUGAGCCAAGGGAGAGUAUCCCUGGGAGUAGUGUCGAAAGUGAUGCUUCCAGCAGUCUCUUUGAAAGCUAUGAUACAAGUGAUCAGAUGACUGAUACAGACAAGCAAUCUGAUGAUGAUGAUGACCUUAAGGAAGAUUUACAAAAAAACAUCCCUGAAUGUUAUAAGUCUGAUUCAAAUUUUACAUCACAUACAUCACAAGAUAUCACAAAUGAUGAGGAAUUUCAAGCAACAGCUUUAUGUCAAUUUAUGGAUAUAUUAAAUGAUCUGGAUGAAGUUUUGGACAAGUCUCUACUGGCUUGCCUUGAUGAUGGUACAAAAUCUCUAGAUAGUGAUGAAGAAGAUCUCAUAUGCAAGAUUAAAGAAUUUAUAGGCGAUAGAGAACAGACCGAGCCUUCAGAAUCACAUAGUUCCAUAGAUAAUACACAAGUGAUAUGCUAUGGAGAAAGUUUAACAAAUGCUGAGACUGUACUAGAUAUACCCGUUAAGGCUCAAGUAAAUGUAGGUCGCUCUAAAAGCUUUUCGGAUAUAGAAGAGACUGUACAAUUACCUAUCUUAGAGAGAGCUAGUACAACAAAUGAUACAUUACGUAACUCCAUGAGAAGGUUGGACCCUAUAUUGCUGCCAGCAAUAUCAACUCAGGAGCCUUCGGGAGAGGCUAUCACUUUGCCUGUUAUAUUAUUCUUAGAACACCAUGUUAACUUGCGCCCGACCAGUGCCCCAAUUCAGCUGCAAGUUACAGCUGCAAAUUUGAGUCAAGGUAGUGCAUCAGGGCCUCUCAUAGUGGGCCGUAGAACUUUAUUAAUGAAUAGAACAUUAUCUCUGCCAUCACCGGGAGAAAGUGAGAUAACUGCUGAAUGGACAGGGCAUAAUACAACUCGUAGUGCUGCAAGUGUAUCUAGUUCUUCAAGUGAUUCUUCAAAUGGCAUGCCUCCAAUUAAUCAAAGCCCAUUUAUCGGCACAGAUGAAAGAAUCGAAGAUAUUGAGGAGACGCCUCUAGGAGUGUGGCCACACCGUAUGAGUGCAAUGCUGGCUUGUCUCAGCUGUACCAUUGGUAUAUUUAACAUAUCGAGAUUUGCUAUGUUCAGUGUACAUUAUGGAGCAAGCUUCAUAAUACAAUUCCUAAUACUAUCAUUUCUCAUCGGGAUACCGUUGUUCACGUUACACCUAUGUUUGGGCCAAGUCUUGGAAUCGGGUCCAAUAGAUAUGUGGAAGAUAUCGCCAAUAUUCCAAGGUGUUGGAAUCUCGUUGUUAUUGACGCAAGCAGUUAUUGGAAUAUAUAGUAUUAUUGGAUUGUCUUGGAUUUUCGUUUACUUCAGGGAUUCGUUUAUAAACGCUGAGGAUAAAUACAAAUGGGCGCUACCACACGAUUUUAACUUUGAUGAUCCGAUACACCGAAAUAUGACCCGAAGUAUUCAUCUCACAAUCCCUCAGUACUUCCAAAGUGAGGUGUUACAACGCAAUCACAAUAAUAAUAGUUUUGGAACUAUCAAAUUCCAAGUUGCUUUUAACCUUGCUGUUGUGUGGAUGGUUGUAUUCGUAUCGCUAAGUAAAGGACUUCAUUCAUACGGAAAGGCGGUGUACGCGUUAAUAUUCCUGCCGAUUUGUGGAACACUAGUCCUCUGUACAAAGCUGCUGACACUGAUACCUUACGACUCUGUGACGAAUAUCUUCGCGCAAACUGAAUGGAGUGAAUUUUUUCUCGCCAACCAUAGCUGGGCAGCCGCGGCCCAGGAGACAUUCCUGACUUGGGGUCUGCUGGGUGCCUGUGUGAUGCAACUAACGGCCCAUAAAGAUCCCAAACACAAAAGCGCGUCGAUGUUGCAAAGGGAAAGCGCGUGUGUGGUCGCCUUUACAAUCGCUGUAUUAUUACUGGCCUCGUUUCUAGCGAACACGUGCAUACAAGUGUUGAAAAGCCACGGAUACAACUAUAUUCCUAGCAGUUUUGAGACAGAAACAUCAUCACAAUUUAUUUGGCCCACUUCUGAACCACUACCUGGCAACACUGCGUAUACACCCGUGCGGUAUAUGAGUCAAUAUGGCAGCCUCGUUGGUGUAACCGUUUGGCGACCUGGAAACUUUCAGAGGACUUUCAGCGGCUGGCAACCCUUGCAGCUUCCCAUGCAAAUAGUACCAGCUACAUUGGCAGUGUUGCCAUCUAAUGUGGUGUCACCAGCCUGGGCAGUGAUAUUUUACUUUAUACUGAUAAUGUUCGGUAUAGCGCAACAACUAGCAAUAUGGCAUUGCGUGAUCUCUGGAAUUGUUGCCAUAAAUCGGGAGGCACUCCGGGUGUGGGAGACUAGUAUUACGUUUUUUAGUUGUGUCUUUGGACUUGCUAUGGGACUGUUGCUGUCUACUGAUGCCGGCGUCCGUAUAGUCCACUUCAUAGACUACGUAUGGGUGGGGGCGUGGUGGCAGUGUGUAUUGCAAGUGUCGCUAGCGAUAGGCGUGUUCGUGGUACGAGGGCGGCCGUACUCCCCGGAUAUCGUGGUAGCAGCCCUCUUUAAGCCAGCCUCGAAGAUUUCUGCAUUGCUUUCUUUCACUUGGACUGUUAUAUUACCCGUGUCACUCACUGCUUUAUGUGUUAUGGACUUCCGUGUGGGUCAACACAAACUGUUAUACAGUUGGCGCAAACCAGCUGGAUAUUGGCCGCUUUGGUGCCGACAGCUGGCAGUGUUCAUACAACAAACAGUUCUGUUGUUGGUGCCGGCUGCAGCUGUUCUGCAAACGUGUCGUUACAUCAAUAAAGGACCACCGGAUAUAUUAGAGCGCGUCCAAAACCUGUACCGUCCCCGAAUGGGUUCCCCCCACGAGUCUCGCCCCCCUGCGCCGCUUCCCCCACCCACCUCCCGUCCCGCGCCUCCUGAUCCCCCUCCUAAGUACACCCCUCCCCCGUCGUACUCAACGGCCACGGGAGCCCGACUGCUUAACACAUUGCGCAGGAGUUUCAGGACGUUGAGAAGGAUUACAUCACAACGCACUGAUUUAUCGGAAGAAACGACACAACUACCCACUUCACUAAGUGAAACUGUCGAACGACAACCCACACAAACACACAACACACACAUGCUCACCGACGAGACGGACUCACACAGGCCGUCCUCUUCGCACUCGUUAACCCUCACGCGCGAUCUACUCCGACGGUCUUUUAUCAAAACCGAUCAAAAUAUACGCUCGAGCCUGAGACGGAGCUUCAAAUACGGCAUUAAUAACACCUUGACUACGAGUCAUGAGCAGUUGGUGAGGGAUGUGGAACCCAUAUCGAAUACAGUGGCCAUGUCCGCCAUGUUGGGAGAAUCGGAGACGUCGCAUAAUAGAAGUAUCGCCUCUGUGAUAUAACCCGCCUUAAAAAUCAGCUUGGGAUUUUUAAACUAUUUUGUAUAGCGCUAUCUCUUUCGCACGAGUGUCGUUUCGUGAGUGUGAGAGAGAGAUAACGCUUUACAACCAAGAGUUGGCAUCUUUGAAAAUAUUGUAUAGCGCUAUCUCUUUCGCACGAGUGUCGUUUCGAGAGUGUGAGAGAGAAAUAACGCUUUACAACCAAGAGUUGGGAUCUUUGAAAAUAUUGUAUAGUGCUAUCUCUUUCGCACGAGUGUCGUUUCGUGAGUGUGAGAGAGAGACAACUGUACAAAGGUCAAUGUUGACAAGCAAUAAUUCAUCACAUAAGAAUCCUUAUUGCAUUUAUAUUUUUUAAUAAAUUCAAUAAUUUUAUGGUACAAUGUUAUAUUAAAUAAUAUAUAGGAUAAUUAAAAUGUUGUCGUAACUUACAUCACAGUAAGAAGUUUUACAUAUAAUUUUAACUGUAUAAUAAUUAUAGAAUAUUUCCUAACCGUAUGUUUUAAGUUAAUCAAAAGUAUUAUUUAGAGUGAAUCUCCCUUGCUCCACUUCCGCCAUAAAUAUUGGAAAUUGAUAAUAAUUCAGAGCUUAAUUAGGAUAAAUGUUAUCGUUAGAUAUACUUCUAUGUUUUUAAUAGGUUUUAAGAUUGAGCAUAAUAAAUGAUUAUUUUCGUAAUUAUCGGAUUUAUUAAGUACAAUAUUGUUAGUACAUGUCACUGCCAUGAUACAUUUGUUAUUUUGCUUAUAAGAUUUUUUUAAAUAAAUGUCCAAAUUUUGAAAUAUAAACAUCACGGCGGCAACAAAUAUUAUAUUUACUUUCUAUGGAUAACUUUCAAAUCCCCGGGAACUAAUACUCACAUAUUGAUAUUUUUAUUCAACACUAAUAAUGGAAUUGCUUCCUAAUACAGUUAACCCCUCUAUAACGUAGUACCCCGUAGUAGGUCACAGUAAACCUAGGAACUAAACUAAACUAUUCAAAAACUAGAAAAUCGAAUUCAAUAAAGUUUUUUGGUUUAUACGUUUCGUUACGGUACGCAAAACUAAUUAUGGACUUGACUAUACUAUGUAUUUCUGUAAUAAAUAAAUUUGACAAUACAUAAAUAAUUUAGUAGCAGGGAAGUACAUCGCGUUAUAGCGGGGAUUACGUUUCCUUUAAGCAUUCACAAGUUAAAGUUAUCUCUAGUCAUAUUCCACAAUCAUUAUUUCAAUAUUUGCGCACGAUUUAUUUGCUCGUAUUUUUUUUUAUUACAUUCCAUACUUAUACAAUGUACUUACGUAAUAAACUUUUUUACUUA